AUGAUGGUUGAGGCUCUCCCAAAGGCCCUGGAGGUCGACGAGAAGUCUCCAGAAUCCAAGGAUCUGCUGCCCAGCCAGACCGCCAGCUCCCUGUGCAUCAGCUCCAGAAGCGAGUCUGUCUGGACCACCACCCCCAGGAGUAACUGGGAGAUCUACCGCAAGCCCAUCGUCGUUAUGUCCGUGGGUGGGGCCAUCCUGCUCUUUGGCGUGGUCAUCACCUGCCUGGCCUACGCCUUGACGCUGGGAGAGAAGAGCCUUACAGUCCUCAAGAUGAUAGGGCCUGCCUUCCUGUCCCUGGGGCUGAUGAUGAUGGUAUGUGGACUGGUGUGGGUGCCCAUCAUCAAAAAGAAACAGAAGCAGAGACAGAAGUCAAGUUUCUUCCAGAACCUCAAGGCUCUCUUCCUGAAUCGCUGA